GCCAACUUCUCCCGCAACCCAACACUUCACACCUCCCUCCCUCCGUCCCUCCUCCCCCUCGCCUCAUCUCACCACCUCCAACUCUCGAAGUCUCCAAGCCAAGCCAAGCUCCGCCCCCCCGCACUCUCCACACUCCACCUCGGAUUCCCCAGCGCGCGAGCGAGCCCUUCCCGUCCUCGAUGGGCAACUGCUCCCCGUCCCCUCGCCGCCGGGGCCGCCCGACGUCGCCGUCGGGGUCGCCACCUCUGGACCGCACCCCGUCGGCCAAGGCCGCGGGUGGUGGCGCCACCACCACGGUCUCGCCCUACGCGCUCGCCAGAUCCCCCUCCGUGUCCGCCGCUGAGGCCGACGGGGACGACGGCGUGGUGCGCGUGUACGGCUCCGACGGCUGCCCCGUCGCGUGGCGGGUCCGCGUCGCGCUCCUCUACAAGGCGGCCGCGCCGGUGCACUUCACGCCGUCCGAGGCGGCGCCGCUCGGCCGCCCCGUGCUCCGCCUCUCCGCGUCCGACCCGGAGCUCUGCGGCACCGCCGACGAGCUGCUGCGACACGUCGACGCGCGGUUCGAGGGGAAGCCGCUGGUGACGCCGCCGGAGCGGCCGGCGCGCGUGUCGGCGGCGGCAGCGGCGGCGGAGGAGGUGGCCGAGCUGGUGCGGCUGCAGCACCGCAGCGCGGAGCGGCACCUGGAGGGCGUGGCGGCGAAGGUGGCGGAGAUGGUGAAGAAGGGAGCGAAGAAGGCUGGGAAGGGGGCGAAGGUCGUCGUCGUGGAGGGCGCCGAGGUGAGGAGGUUGGGUAAGUGGUACGGUGACGCCAUGGAGGUGAUGCUGGAGCACGCCAGGAUGGAAGAAACGGUGCUCUUCCCUGACAUCCAGAGGGCCUCUUUCCCAGGGGUUUUGGAUAAGGCUAAUGAGCAGCACGGGAGGCACUUGCCCAUGAUGAACGGCAUCAAGGAAGAUAUAAAAACACUCCUCACUCUGGAAUUAGGCAGCUCCCUCUUCCAAGAAGUGCUGGUUAACCUCUCAGUCCGGCUCAAAGCAUUGCAGGAUCACACCAAAGAGCACUUCAAGGAAGAAGAGAGGGAGCUGCUCCCAAGAUUGGAAGGAGUACGGCGGAUGCAGAGAGAAGAGGGGAAUGUAUCUGACAAGUCCAAUACUGCAUGGGCGUCGGAGGCCAUGGGUACAAUGGAAAUGACGCACUCUAAGCUGUUUCCAUUCUUCAUGACGGGUCUCUUGCCUCAGGAGGCUAUGCAGUACUUAGACCUGGUAUGCCGAUGUACUAAAAACACUAGGCAUUUGGUCUCCAUGCUCAGAUCGCUCGCAGAGCGUCUGGAAGACGCAAACCCAGCAAUUAUACACAACAAUCCCACAAAACUAUAUGAGCACCUACUUGUAAAAUCCCCAUAAGGUAUAAUUCCCCACCGUGCAGAUAAUUGUUAUGUGCCACGUAAAUUGUGAAUGCUAACCUCAUUUUCCUUGUCUGGAGUGCAGCUAUGUAAUUUUCGGGUUUAUUGAGCUAUUGUGAAAGCCUGUAUAUCUUAUGGUGUUAUUGCAGAAGUGUGUGUGUGUGUGUGUGUGUGACUACAGGGAAAAAAUUGACAAGUGAUUGCAAUGGCAAUGAUUGUUACUGACCA